UUUUGAACGUAGUUCUUGUCGCAUGCAGCUGUGAGACUGCAACGUUCACAUUUUCUUUCACAUUUCAUCAUUACUUUUACUUAAAAUCAUCAUGGUGCUCGAUUUAGACUUAUUCCGUGCCGACAAGGAUGGUGACCCAGACAAAAUCCGCGAAAACCAGCGCAAGAGAUUCAAAGAUGUGGGUCUGGUGGACACCGUGGUGGAACAAGACUUACUCUGGAGACGAUUGCGCCACGAAGCAGACAACUUGAACAAGCUGAAGAAUGUCUGCAGCAAAGAGAUCGGUCUUAAAAUGAAGAGCAAGGAGCCUGUUGGGCCGGAGGACCAGCCAGUGCCGCCUGAAGUCGCCGGUAACCUGAGCGAACUAACUGGCGAUAAUCUUAAACCUCUCACAGUGAACCAGAUUAAAAAGGUGCGAAUUUUGAUAGAUGAGGCGAUUACAAAGAAUGAGCAGGGUCUCAUUGCGGCAGAGAAGGCUCGCUCCAACGCCCUGAGAGAGGUGGGCAACCACCUGCACUCCUCGGUGCCAGUAGACGACGAUGAAGACCACAAUGCAGUGGAGAGGACGCAUGGUGACUGCACUGUGAGGAACAAAUACUCUCAUGUGGAUCUGAUUUGUAUGAUUGAUGGUAUGGAUGGAGAAAGAGGUGCAGCAGUGGCUGGUGGCAGAGGUUACUACCUCAAGGGCCCAGCAGUGUUCCUAGAACAAGCUCUGGUUCAACUCUCUCUAAGGAUACUGCUGAAAAAAGGAUACACGCCACUGUACACUCCAUUCUUCAUGAGGAAAGAGGUGAUGCAAGAAGUGGCCCAGCUAGCUCAAUUUGAUGAAGAACUGUACAAAGUGGUUGGCAAAGGAUCUGAAAACAAGGGAGAUGCGGCCAUUGAAGAGAAGUACCUGAUCGCUACCUCAGAGCAGCCUAUUGCAGCUUACCACAGGGAUGAGUGGCUACCAGAAUCUUCCUUACCUAUUAGGUAUGCAGGUCUGUCCACGUGUUUCCGACAAGAAGUCGGUUCCCACGGUCGCGAUACUCGCGGUAUUUUCAGGGUACAUCAAUUUGAAAAGGUAGAACAGUUCGUGCUGACGUCUCCCCACGACGAUGCCUCUUGGAAGAUGAUGGAUGAGAUGAUCCAAAACGCCGAGGAGUUCUGCCAAGUCCUUGGCAUCCCGUACCGUGUGGUGAACAUCGUGUCAGGGGCUCUCAACCACGCCGCGGCCAAGAAGCUGGACUUGGAGGCUUGGUUCCCGGGCUCUGGUGCUUACCGUGAGCUAGUGUCGUGCAGCAACUGUUUGGAGUACCAGGCUAGGAGGCUGCUUGUUAGAUACGGCCAGACCAAGAAGAUGAACGCGGCCACAGAAUACGUGCACAUGCUGAACGCUACCAUGUGCGCCACCACGCGCGUCAUCUGCGCGCUGCUCGAGGUCAACCAGACCGAGGACGGGGUCAAGGUCCCAGAAGCUCUGAAGCCAUGGAUGCCAGAACAGUACCAAGAGCUUAUUCCAUUCGUGAAGCCAGCGCCGAUCGACCUCGAGGCAGCGGCUGCAGCCAAGAAGGGCAAGAAAAAAGAAGACAAGAAAUAGUCGCAAUUUAGCUCAAAGCGUCAUUCCCGCCAGAUAAAGCAUUAUUUAUUUUCUAAGCCUACUUUGUUAGCUUACAAUUUUAUAUUUUGAGUAAAUUAUGGCCUGAUUUA